AGUUUAUGCUUUUAUGGGUCGACCUUGACCGGGUCUUAUGGAGUGGGCCAUUACGUGCCUCAGGAGAACGCGCAUACCCGCUCUCUUGGUGCCACAGCCGGGGAUGUCGUACUGAAGUGCCGAAUCAGCUUUGCGCUGGUUUCUCUUUUCCGGUCAGGGGGAACUCAUGCGCUUCAACCAUUCAAGCAGAGAGAAGCAGAGGCUUAUGGGAAUCUGCUGAGAUUCUAGACAUUGCCUUAUCUGUUCAAAGUACUCUUUCCUGGAAGUGAAAGUUACCCACAGAGCUGGGUCAGUCUGCUGUCACUAGGCAGCUGCCAGGAGCCAUGAAGGUGCAGAGAGAGAACCUCCGGUCCACAAUCUGAACAUACAUCAGACUCAGGCUACUGUGAAGCCACUGAACAGAAUGUGAUUCUGAAUCACGUAAAAAGACAUUUAGGGAUGCUACUGCACAUUUGAGAGCAAGUAUUUCCUCCGUCGUUGAGGCUAAGAUGCUGAAGACGGAGGCCUCAGCAGAGAGGACUAACUUGAGGAGUGCCUCUCCGCACAGGAAUGCCUACAGAGCAGAGUUCCAGGCUCUGAAGAAGGCCUUUGACCAGCCCAGGCAGGAUGGUGACCCCAAGCUCAAGGAUCCGGAGCGGGUCAGGCAGCCCAGGGGUCGGCAGUAUGGCGCCCACGUCAGCCGGAUCAAGGACAUGUUCAUGCAGAUGGGCACUGACAAUGCAGGCUCGGGCAAGACGCGCACAAGGGACGAGACUUCUCCACAGAAACUCACCAAGCCGACCAACUUUGUCAACAGAGCAGAUGGUUCGGUGAUCAAGCUUCAGCAUGGUGAGAGAAGCGGCGGCGGCGGCCACACCUCCAAGUUCUCAGAGACGAGGAAGCUCUUUGAGCAGAGCUCCAGAGAUACGUCCCAGUCUCCUGUGUACUCUUACGGCAGAGAUAAGAGGGGUUCACAUGAGCACCUGGAUGACUGGAGGGGGGCGCGGUCCAACAGGGGCAGUACAGACUCUUUGGAUAGCCUUUGCUCACGAACGGAGGCUUCUUCGCCCACCGUCAGCCAGCUUAGUGCUGUGUUUGAGAAUUUAGACCAGCAAGGCUCUGGAUCCUCUGUCAGGAGAAGCCAUGGGGGUGGACGUGCUCUGUAUUCCCCAGACAGCUCGCUCAGACAUGGGGAAGCCAGUGAAGAUGACACCAGUGCCCGACAGUCUCCUUCAAGAGGGAUGUACAGGACCCGUGUUGGGAGCAAGCACGCCCUUCCAGUUUCAUCCUCCUCAGAAGAUCUUCUUAGCCCCAGCCCUUUAUCAGAGGUGGUAGAACAGCCUAAGGCAGUGCAGGAGAAGAAGCUCCAAGAAAGGACUGUGGCAGAGAGCGAUCAUGAGGAGACUGUGGAUGGAUUGAGCGAGCAGAAGCAGGCAGAAGAUGCUGCUGGAGUUUGCACAAACUCUAUUCAAGCCAGUAACGCUACAGUCAAUGACAAACCACAGGAGGAUACUGACUCUGCAGCCAAUAAGGUGCAGAAAGAUGCAGAGGAGGGUGUCAAAGACAAGUCAAGCCGGAUUACGGGGGAUCAGAUGGAGGAGUCCAAUGAGGAAUACUGUGGCAACGAGAGGGUUAUUUUCAAUGCAGAUGGGGAUGCUUGCUACCAGGGAUGGGGAGAAAGCUGCACCGACUUGGAGGAUGAUUUGUAUGGGGAUGAUGAGGUUAGCUAUGACCCUGGAUCAGAGAUAACAGAAAUUCCUGGUCUCCCAGAGGAGCCGAAGGAGGAUAUUCCUCAACGGCGGAAAAUACAAUUCAGCACUUCCCCAAUAACAGUUUUUAAUACCUACUCGAAUGAGGAUUAUGAUCGCAGAAACGAGGAGGUGGAUCCGGUGGCAUCCUCAGCGGAGUAUGAACUGGAGAAGAGGGUGGAGAAACUGGAACUUUUCCCAGUAGAGCUGGAAAAGGAUGACGAUGGCCUGGGCAUCAGCAUUAUCGGAAUGGGAGUGGGUGCGGAUGCAGGCUUGGAGAAGCUGGGCAUCUUCGUCAAGACUGUUAUCGAAGGUGGAGCAGCGGAGAGAGAUGGAAGGAUUAAGGUGAAUGAUCAGAUUGUGGAGGUUGAUGGCACCAGUCUGGUGGGUGUGACCCAGAGCUUCGCUGCCUCUGUGUUGAGGAACACACAGGGCGUGGUCAAGUUUGUGAUUGGCCGGGAGCGUCCAGGGCAGGAGAGCGAGGUAGCCCAGCUGAUCAGUCAGACUCUGGAGCAAGAGAGACGUCAGAGAGAGAUGCUGGAGCAGCAGUAUGCUCAGUAUGAUGCUGACGAUGAUGAGACAGGAGAGUACGCCACAGAUGAGGAGGAAGAGGUGGGGCCAGCCGUGACGGACAGAGAUGUGACCAUUGAGGUUUUUGAUUUGCCCGAGAAUGAGGACAUCAUCUCGCCGUCUGAGCUGGACGCCACCAAACUCUACCAGAAAUUCAGAGAGCUACAGAUCAAACACAGUGUCACUGAGGCUGAGAUCCAGAAACUCAAGAACAAGCUGGCAGCAGUAGAGAAAGAGAAGGCACGCUGGGAGCGUGAGAAGAGCCAGUUAAAGCAGAGUAUUGAGGACAAUAAGGAGAGGAUGCUGAAGCUGGAGAGUUACUGGAUCGAGGCUCAGACACUCUGCCACACUGUAAACGAGCACCUGAAGGAGGCACAGAAUCAGUACCAGGCCCUGGAGAAGAAGUACAACAAGGCCAAAAAACUUAUCAAGGACUUCCAACAGAAAGAGAUGGAGUUUGCUCAGAGGGAGGAGGCAGAGAAGAAGAGACUAGAGGAAGUGGAGAAGGCUCAUUUAACUGAGAUCCAAGGGCUACAAUUGAGGAUUGCAACACUGGAAUCAGAGCUGAUGCAGCUGAUGAAACAAAAUGGCAUCCAGGUAAACAACAACAACAACAGUGCAGAGAGCUGCGCACAGCUGAGUGAGAGACUGGCUGCCCUCCAGUAUCCCGGGAGACGCGUCCCUGGAGAGCUGGGUGAGCUGGAGCGUGUGGGCAGUGAUUUUGUAAAGGGUCAUAGCCAGCUGUCUGGAGCCAGUGGAACAGACAGAGCUUACGAAAGAGUACGAGACAGCAGCAGCUCGACUGAGGGUGAGGAGAACCUUAAACGGAGGGGUUCUCAUAGUGUCUCUUCUAGUGGGGUUGGAUCCAUGACCUCUAGGAUUCCUGUCAGUGCAGAGGCCUCACUUAGACACCAACAGCUUCGGCAGGAGCCUGAGAGUGAGGGUUCUGCACUGGUGUCGAGCUCUUUACUAGCUCAAGAUGAGAAAUUCAGCAAGAGGAUGCCUGACCUGGGGUCAGCCCUGAGACGCAGCAAAAAUAAAGACCAGGAUUCCAGAGGCUCACCUGGACACAGCUCCACAGAACCAUCUGCAGAGAAUAGCCCAGAGAAACCCAAGAGCAAGAAAUCUCUUUCACGGCCACACUUCUUCUCCUAUUCAUAUUAUUUGGGUCCCACUUUAAAUGAUGACCUCAGUAUCAGCAGCUCAAGCUCAGCAGAGAUCAGUGGUGCAGUCACUGAGCCCAAACUGUCUGGCCGCUCGCACACACUAGUAGUGUCUUCAGAUGAGAGUUUGGAUAUGAUCGAUGAUGAGAUUUUGGAUGAAGGGCAGCCUCCAAAGCAACACCAGUGGCAGAACCGCAGUGUGCUGGAGUGGUCAUGUCAGCAGGUGUCAUGCUGGCUCAUGGGCCUGAACCUGGAGCAGUACAUCCCUCAGUUCACUGCCAAGAACGUGGAUGGAGAGCAGCUUCUGCAGCUUGACAGCACUGCACUCAAGGCUUUAGGUGUAGCUUCCUCUCAGGACCGGGCUCUGAUUAAGAAGAAGCUGAAAGACCUGAAGGUGCUGAUGGAGAAGGCCCGCAGGAACAGGGAGAAGCUGGAGAAGCAGCGUGAGAAGUUACGCAAGAAAGAACUGGAGCAGCUGCAAAAAGAGGGCCGCAGAAACAGCAAGUCCUCUGGGCCAGGAGAGGGCGCUGCAGAGUGACAGCACCGCUCAACCACCAAGACUGAUUCAACUCUGAAAAGCAUUCUAACGAGACGAGUCUAGUUAAUUUAUGGAACUCAAGACUGGUCUCCCUUCUGCGGACACCAGAACCUCACUUUAAGAGGAACUGCUACUGAACUGCCAUUGGAUAAAGUGAAACCAAACAGUCCUGAGGAUCUCACUGUCUCUGCUGAAGGACUUUGUUUACGUUUAAUUGUAAUUUCAAGUCAGGAUUUUUUCUUCAUUUUACAACAGUUUAAGAAUGAUCUCUGCUCGUGUGUUUUUGUUUAUGUCUGAUAAAUGUCUAUUUAUUUGAAUUGUAAGAAGAUGUACAUCUUUGCCCAGAGCAUAUCAGCUUGAAAUGAAUCUACAGCUUUUGACAUUUCAAGCAUCUUUAGACAUAAUGACUAUGUACAUAUAUAGAAGAUAUAUAUAGUAUAUAUGUCUAAUGUGCCAUUUUCUAUGAAGACCAAGAUGUGCAGUUUACCCUGUGUGGAAGAAGGUUUCCUGAGAGCUCUUGUCUUCAAGCACAGGUGAUGAUGAUGGACAGUGUUGCUGUCACAGUGUUCGUAUGUUGCUUCAUCAGAAAGCUUGAGUGCUGCUCUAAGGAUCCACUAUAGUCAGACUCACUGGAAUACUGAAUCUUACUGUGAAAAGAAAGCCAUUCCAAGUCUUGAAACAUCCCAGACCUCGCGCUAAACCCAUCCGACUUUAGCGGACGUUGUAUACUUACUGUAUGACCGCGGUCUACCGUUUAGUGUCCUGUAUCCUUCAGUGACCUCUCAGUAUUCAAGUGAAGUAGAUCUAACCGUAUUUGUUGUUCUCAGAGAUUGAAGUCUCCUACAUGGAAAGAAACCACAAGGAAUAAUCACGGAGAGGCCUGACAAUGCUGUAUGAAGAGCUGAAAACACACUCCAAAGAUGGAAGAAUGGAUCACUGGGAAGUCCUGCAAAAGCUUGUGCUGCUUCUUCAUCACUGCUACCUGCUUUUAGUCUUCUUCGUUUCAUCGAACUAGAUCCUCAGUUAGACCCAAGUGCUGCCUUCCGAGCUGCUGUAUAGAUUUUGUAUAACAUAGUUACUCUGCCCUGAUUUGUCUGGCAAAUGUUGGUGAGUAGUUGACAAACCUGCACUUAAAACGGACCUCUUAACAUCCAUCAUUUAACAUUAAUUAUGUAGCUCUUAUUUUACUUUCUGCGUAGUAGAGUGAGAUAUUUUCCCCAUCUGACUACAGCGUGGACCCGCCGGACGCUUGUAUUUGUCUGUUAUAGCUUAUUCCCUUAGCGAUACACCAUAAAGAAUGAAAAACUGUUCCAAAAAAAAGUUUUAUAAAAUUUAAAUUCAGUAUAUAACACAAUGAGCAAGUAUUGCCUCUGUGAUUCUAUUGUGAAUUUAUUUUCAAAUGUACAUAAUUCAAUAUACAAAAUAUUUCUAUUAAAUGUCUUAUGAUACCUAAACUUUUAAUUGCUUCGGAUUUAGCUGUAGCUUAGUAAUUCAUUCUGCUUUAUAAGUUUUGCUUUGCUCUUUUUAUUGCUGAACUUAUAUAGUUUUACACAAUUGGUAUUAGUAUUUCUACAUUUUUGUAACGUUUUCCCUCCUGUGAAGGAUCCCUUGCGUGUUAACGUUGGAUUUUUAUGUUCUCCUGUGACAAUUUUCAUGUUUACAUUUGAACACUGAUUAUUUCAAUAGCAACACGAGGACAGCUUCCAUCCUUCCUGGGUUUUGGAGCACUGUAUCAGGCAGCGCCUGAUGAAUGUUUGGAUUGCUCUCACAAGAAAUAUGAUAUUGCUCCACUUAAGUUUAGUCAUUUAGCUGUAUUAGGAAUGAUUUUGUUUUAAUUAUUUAUUUUUCAAAUUUAAGAAACAUUUGUAAAUCAGCUAAUGUAAUUUAUUGACAAAAAGUUGUAUGAUUACAUUUAUGCCAAAAAAAUGUUUUAAAAAGUGAUCAGUAUAUUACUUACAGUACUCCAUUUGGCAGUAGUAGGACAAUUUACAUUUCUUUAUUAGCCCAAAACUACUUUUGCGAGAUCAUUUUUAUCCUUCACAUCUCUUAAUUGUAAGCUUGUCACUCUAACUAAACUUUAUUGUAUCUCCACAUUGAAGCAAUGAAAAAAAAAACAACUGCUGUAGAUUUUAAUCUAAGCUGUCAGUGCGCAGCAAUGCCAUGACUUUUGUAUGUAACAGUUAAAAGCAAUAGGUGAACUUCAAAGCCCUUGGGUUUUUACUGUGUUACUUCGCUGUGGGGAACUGCAGGCUCUGUCUAUAUGAAUGUGUCUGUGUGCAUUGGGAUAAUCAUGGUGUGAUGAUGAUGGUUGACGGUUACUUGGCUUUAGUACAGAAAUGCACAGUGUUGCAAUGCACCUUGUCAUUCUGCAGUUCUGUGUCGAAAUUAGAGUUCCAUCGCUCUUCAGCCGCACAAACAAGGCAGCUGUUCAUCAUUUUUGGAUAAAUGGUGUCUGCCCCUGUCACCUUUGUGCUCUCCUUCUCUCUUCCUGCGUACUCUGUUAGUAAAGCAGUCAUCUCCUCCCUUUUCAGAGAUGACACAACCAGUGAAGGUACAGAACUGCUCCAACACCGCAUGUGCUAAGCAGAGCUUUUACCAGUCCGUUUUGUUAAGUCAUAGUCGCAUGAAGGACCCCAAGGUGCCAUGUCUCCCCUUUCGAAGCUCCAGGCUGGUAAUAUUUGAUGCCAUGUUUUUGUUCAUAAGAGGUUACUGUUGUCACUCAUGUUGGCCUGUAAAUACACCUCAGAAUGACAGAACCAGUCAGAGAAAUACAAUGAAAGUUCAUUCCAAAA